ACAACGUUGUUCAGGCUGUUGAGACCGUGCAAACAUUUACAUUUCAAGCCAUCAUGAAUGCCCUUGUUUCCGUGGACUCCUUCUUCUUCCUAAGUGGGCUCCUGAUGACAUACCUUCUGCUCAGGCAGAUCGGGAAGAACCGAGAGAAGGGAAAAUCUGUUCCGUACGGGAUGUUGUACUUCCACAGAUAUUGGAGGUUGACGCCUACAUACAUGUUCGUCAUGAUGCUGUACGUGUGGGUGCUUCCCUACAUGUUCUCUGGUCCCUUCUGGCCACCGGCACCUUUAGACCCAAACUGUGGGGACAACUGGUGGACAAACAUACUGUACAUCAACAACCUGGUCAACGAUGACAGGCAGUGUAUGAUCUGGUCCUGGUACCUGGCCAAUGAUAUGCAAUUCUUCGUCAUCGGAGUUCCUCUCGUCUACAUACUGUACAGGUGGCAGAUACUGGGGAUUGCUGUGAAGCUGGCUCUUCUUUUGGCAAGUUUCAUCACCACUGCAGUCAUCAGUUGGCACUAUAACCUGAAAGCCCCUGGCGGGGACCCAGUUAAGUACUAUGACAAGCCGUACUGUCGUAUCGGACCGUAUCUGGUAGGAGUUGCCGUUGGCUGGUUCCUGGUUAAGAUUAAAAGAAAAGAGACAAAGAGCACGACCUUGAGACAGUUGAUGGUCCGGAUUGGUUGGAUCGUUGCUGCUUCCUGUGCCGUGGCUGUGCUGUAUGCAACAUACGGCCUGUACCAGGGGACAGCUUUCAAGACAGAAUCCGAGCAUGUGUUGUACCUGACUGUGCACCGUACUGUCUGGGCCAUGGCGCUUGGUUGGGUGGUUAUCGCGUGUUAUCAUGGAUACGGAGGAGUGGUGGACAUCAUUCUUUCCUGGGACGCCUGGGUGCCCCUGAGCCGACUGACGUACUGUGCAUAUCUGGUACAUCUUCUGGUGAUGUAUGCAGUAUACCUCACCAGGGAGGUGCCCGUCCACUACUCCAUGUUCACUAUGAUCUAUUUCUUCUUGGGACACUUGACUCUAUCCUACGGUGUGGCCUUCCUGGUGUCUGUGGCAGUGGAAGCACCAUUACUGGGACUGGAGAAAAUCAUCUUCAACAAAUGAGACAGAACUUUAGGCCAUGUUGAUUUGAUUAUAUGGAUGACAUCCGCGCGCGC